UCAUCCCGCAACCUGGAUGGGAGCCUGGCGGGGUCAGCUCUCGAACAGAGGCCUGGCGCAUGGCGGUCUGGGGCCCGGGAGGUCGCCUUGGCCUGCGCGGGUGCCUCGGUGCCCGCAGGCUACUAUGUCCCCGUUUCCAGAGCCGUGGCCCCCAGGGCGUGGGAGACGGGGACAGGCCACAGCCUUCCUCGAAGACACCCAAGAUCCCCAAGAUUUACACUAAAACAGGAGACAAAGGGUUUUCUAGCACCUUCACUGGAGAAAGGAGACUGAAAGAUGACCAGGUGUUUGAAGCCAUGGGAACUACAGAUGAAUUAAGUUCAGCCAUUGGGUUUGCUAUGGAAUUAAUCAUGGAAAAGGGCCACCCAUUUGCUGAAGAGCUUCAGAAAAUCCAGUGCUCCCUGCAGGACGUCGGCUCUGCCCUGGCGACACCACGCUCCUCGGCCAGGGAAGCUCACUUAAAACUCGCCGCAUUUGAGGAGGGGCCCAUCCUGGAGCUAGAGCGGUGGAUCGACAGAUACUCCAGCCAGCUGCCCCCUCUCACGGCUUUCAUCCUGCCCUCAGGAGGCAAGUGCAGCUCCGCCCUGCACCUCUGUCGGGCCGUGUGCCGCCGAGCCGAGAGACGCGUCGUGCCUCUUGUCCAGACAGGUGAGACGGAUGCAAAUGUGGCCAAGUUCUUAAACAGACUCAGCGACUAUCUCUUCACGUUAGCCAGAUACGCUGCCAUGAAGGAGGGGAUUCCAGAAACAAUAUACAAGAAAAAUGACCCGUCGGACCAAGCCUGAUGCACUUGGAAAUCACAGGAAAAAGGAGCUUUGCAGGCUCCUCCGUGGUGACGCGGUGAAGAGGAGAGUUGCCCUCCGUGUCCUGAUUCCUGAAGACCAAACCCAG